UAACCUACCAUUACAGUUUGUCACAAAUCAUUUGAAUACAUUUAGUUUCUAAUUGAUAGAUGGUCAAUCUUGGUUGUGAUUGUUGUUAUAGUUAUGACUAUCGGUAGUCUCAGCCCCUCCAUGCUCAAUUUGGGAUUAAACCAUUAUUAGCUUCCUCAUUUUCGUAGGGUGGGCGUAAAUUAAUACGAUGCAUUAAAUAGGCGGCAAUCCUAAAAAUAUGAACUUCAUAACUUCUCAUCAAUAACAAAUUUAAUAUAAGUUAAUAAUACUGUUAUUUUGUUCAUCGCUGAGUCAUAGUUAAUAUCAUAGUUAAUACGAAUCGUAUUGGACUCUUCCAAACCUAAGGGGAGGGAGGGGAGAAAAGCGGCUACAGCGAAUCAUGGAAGUAGAAGUUGUUUUCAUCGUUUGUGCUAAACCUCUUAAUGAUAAGGACUUUUGGGAUGUUCUACUGGUGUAAAUGUUGCUAAUGCUUAGGUUGGAUGUAAACGCGUUACAUCCGUUUACGAGUACCGCACAAAACGUCCCAUUCCCCCAGUGGAGCGGUUCUCCGGAUCAAGCUAGGCUGUAGGAGGGUCAGUCCUCCAGGGCAGACCCGUGAGUGUGUGUAGUGUAGACCAUUAAGUUUGUGCGCAGACCAUUGAGUUUAAACCAGUAAGUGUGUGUGUGUAGACCAGUAAGUGUGUGUGUAGACCAGUGAGUGUGUGUGCAGACCAGUGAGUGUGUGUGCAGUCCAGUGAGUGUAGACCAGUGGGUGCAGAUCUGUCAGUGUGUGUGUGUGUGUGUGUGUGUGUGUGUGUGUGUGUGUGGACCAGCGAGUGUGUGUGUACACCUGUGUGUGUGUGUGUGUGUGUGUGCGUGUAGACCAGCGAGUGUGUGUGUUCACUGGUGAGUGCAGACCAGUCAGUGUAGACCAGUGAGGGGGUGUGCUGACCAGUGAGUGUGUGCAGCGCACCACAGCAUGGUGGUCAGGUGUCGGGUCCCACUGGUGUUCACGGUGGCCAGGGGUCUUGCUGGUAUCGUGUUCUUUACCUGAGCGGGUCAGAAGGCGCUGGGAGUUGCUGUGGACGCGGAGCCCUCAGGAUGCUGGACCGCAUGUUCUCCUUGUGGUUCUGGUUCGGGUCCGCUCGCCCCGGGUUCUUCCUCUGGACGGCGGCGGUGUGGUCCGGGAUCCUCCUCAUGUACCACAGGGGGGUCCACGCUAGUCUGAGCCUGGGUCCCGGGGGGGACUUCCCUCGCCUCACAGAUGUGCUCCUCUACGCCUUUAGCCAUGAGGAUCUGCCCUCGCUCCUGGUCAACACCAUCCUGCUCCUGCUCCUGGGCCCGUGCCAGGAGCGGCGCUGGGGCACCCUGGCCCUCGUCUGUCUGUCCCUCCUGUCCGCCCUCCUGCUGCCGGUCCUCUACUCCCUGCUCCUGUUCGUCGGGGGGGGGGAGGCCAGUCGGAUCAGCGGCUACUCAGCCCCCCAGCUGGCCCUGUUCACCGCCCAGUGCCGCCAGGUGACCCAGAGGAGGCUGCUGGGAUGCGUGCCCGUCUGGUUCCUGCCGUGGCUGGUCCUGCUGGCCGGUCUGGUGCUGCUGCCCGGGACGCCGGCCCUGCUCCACUUCUGUGCGAUCUGCCUGGGACACAACUAUCGUCAGUCUUUCAUUGGGCUUUUCCAAGAACUGGAGAAUGCCACAAUUUUCAAGCGUGUUCCUGAAUGGGUCUGCGUCUUCACCACCACUACCCUACCUACCCUACCCUACUACACCACGUCUGGCCCCAGGCUGCCCCCCUCCACCACGCCCAGAAGGUCUGGAUCCCCAUCUCAAUGGAAACCUUCUGGCGGGGCUGAUACUUCUGCUAGCCACCCAACCCGAGACCCCUCGCCCCGACACCAGAGCCCCUGGUCUGAGCCGGGGCCCUCGUGGGCGCUAGAAGGAGCUGCUGCUCUGGGUGAACACCGCCUACUGGAGGAAGAGAUGAUGAAGGCAGGGAUCUUGGCCUCCUUACAAGACACGUCUGAGGACCCUGAGGGGAGGGUGGAGGUGCCAAAGUCCUCUGUCUCCUCUCUCAGACUGCAGCAGCUUGAAAGAAUGGGAUUCCCGACUGAGAAAGCGGUAGUUGCGCUUGCGGCCUCAAAACAACUAGAUGGCGCCAUAUCCUUGCUGAUCGACAACCGCGUUGGUGACCAGUCAGUGAUGGUGUCAAAGGGGAGGGGCACUCCGUCCCCGUAGAAAACCACAUAAUAUGUUGCAUGUGAUCUUUGAUAGUGACAUGGCAUUGUGUUGCAAUAGUAAAAUAUGCUUGGGUUAUGCUGAGCUUAAGUGUUGUUAAAUGUUCCCUGUGGGCCUUUGUUGAUAACAAAAAUAAGUUUAUAUCAAUAUUAAACAUUGAAUCAAUCAAAUGUUCUUGGUAUGACUUUCCAGAUGGACACAUUUUUUCAGUGUGGUCAAUGUGACAAAAAAAGGAGACGUGUUAAAAAAACCGGAACUUAUUUUUAUUAUAUCAACGACAGGAUUAUCCUAACACAAUACCACCUUGGCAAGCAAUAAAAAAACUAUCAAAAUAUAAUAUGAAGAUACACAUAUCAGCAUACAAAACAUACUUCAGUUGAUCAAAAUUUAAAUAAUGAAUAUGUUUGUAGGAAUAAAAAAUAAAUCAAGUCAUUAUGUCAGGACAGUUUCAAUCUAAAUUUACCAACAUUAAAAUCUGUUCUAUCAAAUACACCAAACACUGUUCUAUUGUAUUGAUAAUUCUUCUCUGAAUCAUUUGUGUGUGUGUGUGUGAGAGAGACAGCGAGUGAAAUGUGUAUGUGUUUAUUGAAAUAGAAAGUGGUUAAUAAAUAGGCUGCAGUGGGAACCAGCCUAGGUCUUUGAUAGUUUGGCAGGCUAUCGGUUUGUGGUGUUUUGAAGCGUAAUUCCUUUUAGUUUAAAGACAGAAGAGAAAGCACCAUCACGGCCAUUACAGUGAAUAAGCAACCAGGUCAGAAUGCAUUUACAGUUUGUGCAAUUUCCCCCUGAAACCAAAUGUCCAGUGAGUCUCUUGAGGGCUGUGAGACUCACACCAAACACCUCGGAGCCCAGCACUGAAAAAGUGAUGUUUUUGUGAGAAUUGUUUCCUCUUUUUAGUGCACUAUUUAACAUUUAGUUAACAUGAGGAAUCUAAGCAUAUGUCAUUUAAAUAGGAGAGGUUUGUGUAAUUGUUCACUGCAACCUGUACAUGCUCAAUAUACUUAAAUAAUGACAUUUGUAAAAUAUAAAAUUAAAAUAAAGUUACAUAUUGUGAUAGCUAAAACCACUUGAAUCCUGCUUGAUAAGAUAUUUCUCACUGCCUACAUGU